GUGUUAUUAUAUGGUUUCCUGGGACAUUCCACAACGUGAAGAGAUAUUUUUUAACGCGUUUAGUUUAAAGAUGGACGCGAAAAUUGGCAUAGAAAUUAACGGUACACAACUCCUGUUUAAAAUUAACAAACAAAAAUCCUUAAAAGAAAAUAUUGAUUGCGUCUGUGCUGAAAACAACCUGGGUCCCGGAGAAAAUUAUGGUUUUAAAUUUAGCUACACAGCUCAGCGGAGUAACGAAGGCAAUUACGUUACAGAGGAUAACUUUCAAACAAUUCAAAAUGGGUGUACGCUGAAACUAGUCGAAUCCUUAGAUAAGUUAAUUGACAGAAUAUUUGACAAUAUUAAUCAUAACAGAUCACAAAGCGUUCAGGAUUUAUAUUCGUUGAGCACGGAUCCUGGAUUCAUUAAGCUAAUGGUUGAAAAGAAACGUGAUGCCGAUAUAUUAGAAUGGGUAACUAACGAAAACCUAUGUGGCAAGGAAUUAUCUGUAUCCCUUUUAAUCCUGCUACACUUACUAAAAAAGCAAUACAUAAAGGAACUUCCAUCGAUUAUGGUGGAGAACAUAAUAAAGUGGGUGAAAAGCACUCUAAUCACAACAAAUCAAAUACAGUACGCGCUUGCAGUAUUGUGUCAGAUUUUGUAUUUAAGAGGACACGCAUUGAAUAAACAAACGAUUAUUCUAGGAUUGUCAAUCGAUGAUAUAAUUUCAUUCAUUUCGAGACAAGAGCUUUCGCAACUACAAUUGAAUACAAUGAUGCUGAUAAAUGCAAUGGUAAAAAAUCUUAGAGGUGAUAAGCGGCAGCACUUGAUUAAAGAUUUAAACAGAAGCAAAAAUAAAGAGUACAUUUUUACAUAUAUCAUUAAAAAAUCAAAAAUCGAUCCUGGAAUGGCUCGUGAAUUGUACGCCUACCAAACGUACAUAUUAAGCGUAUACUCAACUUCUUUAAAUACUCCAUUUUACACAGUCGAUAAUCCCAUGUUGAGAGAAUUCGAAUUGUAUGAUGAUAAGUUGGCAAGAUCCAGUACAUAUGUUGACUUGGAGGAAAUUUGCAGAAAUAGGUCUAAUUCUACAGGUACUAUUUUGGAAGACAUUGAUGAUGUAAGAAUAUCAAUUGCAAGUGGAGAUAGUGGAAUAAGUGAUCAUGUUGAUCGUCUCACAACGUCAAUGUCCGAACAUCAUAUAAGCUUAUUGACCUACGAAGCGCUAGUGCAUUAUAAGAAAUACCACUACAAAAAUUUCUGCCAGUCACGAAUAGAAGAAAAUACAUACGAGCCGGGAAUUUAUGUGUCAAGCGAUAAAAUUACUCGGUUGUUAGCUAAUAUUUUACACAUUGGAAUGGAACCCACCCGUUCCGGGGAUUCCUACCACCCUUUAGUAUUCAACACUAGUUUGAAGUUUCCGUUCUUCUUGGAGCUGUUUUCGCGCAGUAUGUGGUUGCUUUCCAAAACUAGGAAAGAAAUGAGGGCUUGGUCAUAUGAUGACUAUUCAAAGGUACUACUGGUAUUAGAGAAGCAAGUUAAAAUGGCACUUGCCGAAAAACCCAUGGAUUAUGCAUCUUUAACGGCGGAAAUGAUGAAAGUUACAUAUGAAGAAGUUGACAAGCAAUGGCAGCAUGAAAAACAAAACGAAUGGGAAAGAAUUUAUCAAAGUAAUCCAAAUGUGCAAAUACUGAAACAAAAAUUUUCUUCGCAUAACGAGCAACUAAUUUUUGAGAGCAGAAUGAGAACACUGCAAAGUGGAGAAUUAUUUCCCAAACUCCCUGAAAAGAAAGGAAAGCAACAAUACUGUUUCAUUCGUCUAUCCGAAAACAGGCGAAUGAUAAUAUGGGGAGCUUGGAACGAAAAUUUGAAAAAUUUUAAAGCGGAAGAACCAGAAAGGUUUAAUGUAGAAGAAAUUAAACAUUUUGUAAUUGGCAAAGCAUGUCCACAUGUAAAAGAUAACAGUAUUAAAAAUCCGGAAAGAGCAUUCUCAAUAAUUCUUGAAGACGGAACAGUCAUAAACCUUUUGGCUAAAGAUGUUAAAGUUGCCAAUCUAUGGAUUGAUGGAUUCAGUUUACUUUUAGACAAACCACAUCGAAGUGAGGAGUACAGGAAGGACUUAGAAACUCUACUCGAAAUGGACUGUGCACUUCACUUACUGGAAUUGCAACAUGUAUCUUUACCUGACACUGCACCAAUCAUACCAGCUCUACCCGCUCCCAUUCGACUAAAGACAGAUACAUCAACAAAACUGCCACCCCCUAAAUUAAGAAAACAAGCAAUAAACAUUCAACAAUAAGGAAUUUAUUAAGUUAUGGACUACAGAGAAAUGCCACAGAUUUUCUUAUGUUUGUUUAGCAAAGUUUUGGUGGUAAAAGUUAGACCACAGUAACUACACAAAUAGACUUUUUCAUUGUUAUGUGUUUCUAAAUGAGUUUUUAAAGUACGAGAUUGUAUGAAUGACUUUGGGCACAGGUUGCAUUGGUAUUUACGAUCACCAGUGUGUCCUUUCAUGUGAAUCUGAAACGAAAAUAAUAAAUAUUAGUACCUAUG